AUGAAGACUAUUUGCCUACUUUUGCUGUUCGCCCUGCUGGCGCUCGUCUAUGCCGCGCCCGCCCCCGCCCCCGCGCCCACGCCUGACAAUGAGCCCACCGUCAACGUGCUGAGAUACCGUAAUGACCAGGAACUGGAGCAGAUCCAGCGUUCGAUAAUUGCGCAAUAUGAGGCACAACUGGGGGGCAGCACACAGGUUCAUGCACCGCGCACUGCGACGCUCGUCAAUCCCCAGACACUGGGCAUCCACAUUUAA